ACUCUCAUUAAUUUGUUGAUAUUGUGUGGGGUUGUCAUGUCAGCAGACGACGCCUUAAAAUCUCCGAAAACCUUGUAUUCGGCGCCAACCGAAUUUAGGCCAGCAUUUUGCAGUUUAUUGCUUGAUCCGGUUACGGGGGAAUAUGACCUUGGGUAUUCGUCUUUCAAUGGCUUGCCAAAUGAACCGGACAACGUAUUGAGAAUCCCAACUGUAACACAAAAUUACUUAGACAAAACUAAGAUGGUAUCUCAGGUUAUCACAAACACGAUUGUAUGGCCAAACGAAAUUGAGUCCGUGCCAUAUGGAACUUUUGGAAACUCUCAUUAUUGGACAUCGGCCAGUGCAUUUUUCAUGCCCGGUCAAGACGAUGGAUCAAUUUCAUUGAUUGAUAUGACUGACCCAACCAAUCCAGGACAACCUAUAAAAAUAUCGUCGACAGAGGAUAAUAAAGAAUGGUAUUAUCAUCGUGUGAUAUGGCACGACAUGGACCUAGACGGCGACUACGACGCGGUUACUGCAAGGGCAUACGGAAAUUCUACCAGUGCCGACGAGUCACAGUUAGUCUGGUUUGAAAACUCCGGAGUAAAUCCACCAACAGAGUUUUGGAAGGCUCACGUGAUAUCUACCGGAUAUGAGGACGUUCACUUCAGAAUUCACAAUCUUCCGUUACCAGAUGGAUCAGAAACUGCAGUCAUUAUUAGCGGCGGAUUUUUUAGUCGUUCCCUGACAUUAACCUGGACAACGGGUGGAGAUUGGAGCAAUACCGCAUCAAUCCAUCAUCGUGUUAUUGAUACUGCGGGAUGGUAUUUUGAUCUCAAGAUAGAAGACCUGAAUGCUGAUGGCAAAGAUGACAUUCUCAUUACAACAUGGAGUAGACCUGGACCCGAUAUUGGAUCUCUUUUGGCUUAUGAAAUGCCCGAAGGAGAUUGGAGAACAGAUGAAUGGACAAGACAUGUUAUUUCUACUGAUUUCCACGACGACAUCAGUCCCGGAAGUGGUUCUCCCGGGGCCCCUGCACCAUUUUGGCGAUCAACUACCUCCAAGGAAAAUGGAGAGAAAGCACAUCUUCUUGUGAGCGGUGAUGAUGACGGACAGGCAUACUUACUGGUACCAAAUACAGAAGAUCCUUCUGACUGGUCAUACACUAAAUCAACAAUUUUCCGUGCCUUCGGUACUGUUGGGACAAUGGCUAUUGGAGAUGUGGACGGAGAUGGUUAUACUGAGAUUUUCAUCCCGGCCUACAACACUAAGCAAAUCAUUGUUUUAACCUACAAGCCGUAGAAUUGUACCUAGAUAGGCCACAUCAGAUCAACACUUUAGUGUACAAUGUAGAU